AUAUAUUGAGGACAUCAUGAAUUGGAAUAAAGGUGGACCUGGUACUAAGAGAGGCUUUGGUUUUGGUGGAUUUGCCAUAACGCCUGGAAAAAAAGAGGAGCCUAAGCUCUCUCAACAGUCUCAUAGUGCUUUUGGAACAGCCGGUUCUUCUGCUGCAUUUGCGAAAUCGGGACCUCCUCAGCUGCCUUCUUUCUACAAAAUCGGGUCAAAGCGAGCAAAUUUUGACGAAGAGAAUGCAUACUUUGAGGAUGAAGAGGAAGAUUCCAGCAAUGUCGAAUUGCCAUACAUUCCCGCAGAGAAUUCCCCCACUCGCCAGCAGUUUCAUUCCAAAUCAGCAGACUCUGACAGCGAUGAUGAUCCUCUGGAGGCAUUCAUGGCUGAAGUGGAGGAUCAAGCUGCUCGAGACAUGAAGAGACUUGAAGAUAAAGACAAAGAAAAGAAGAAUGUUAAGGGUAUUCGAGAUGACAUUGAAGAGGAAGAUGACCAAGAAGCUUAUUUUCGCUACAUGGCUGAAAACCCCACUGCUGGUGUGGUCCAAGAAGAGGAAGAGGAUAAUCUGGAGUAUGAUAGUGAUGGGAAUCCAAUUGCACCAUCCAAAAAAAUCAUUGAUCCUCUUCCACCUAUUGACCAUUCAGAGAUUGAAUAUCCACCAUUUGAGAAAAAUUUCUAUGAUGAGCAUGAGGAGAUCACCAGCCUCACCCCGCAGCAAGUGGUGGAGUUACGGCAUAAGCUAAAUCUCCGGGUCUCUGGUGCUGCUCCUCCAAGGCCUGGCAGUAGUUUUGCUCAUUUUGGGUUUGAUGAGCAACUUAUGCAUCAGAUUAGAAAAUCCGAGUAUACCCAGCCCACUCCUAUCCAGUGUCAGGGUGUUCCAGUUGCACUAAGUGGCAGGGAUAUGAUUGGGAUAGCUAAGACUGGAAGUGGAAAAACAGCAGCCUUCAUCUGGCCGAUGCUGAUUCACAUCAUGGAUCAAAAGGAGCUUGAACCAGGGGAUGGUCCCAUUGCAGUGAUCGUCUGCCCAACCAGAGAGCUUUGCCAACAGAUCCAUUCUGAAUGUAAGCGCUUUGGUAAGGCAUAUAAUCUGCGCUCCGUAGCAGUGUAUGGAGGAGGAAGCAUGUGGGAGCAAGCCAAAGCCCUCCAGGAGGGGGCAGAGAUAGUUGUCUGCACGCCAGGUCGUUUGAUUGAUCAUGUGAAAAAGAAAGCUACAAACCUUCAAAGAGUCACUUACCUUGUGUUUGAUGAAGCUGACAGAAUGUUUGAUAUGGGUUUUGAAUAUCAGGUCAGAUCAGUGGCAAGCCACGUACGUCCUGACAGACAGACCCUCUUGUUCAGUGCCACUUUCCGUAAGAAGAUUGAGAAAUUGGCCCGAGAUAUUCUGAUCGACCCCAUUCGAGUUGUGCAGGGAGACAUUGGAGAGGCAAAUGAAGAUGUUACUCAGAUCGUGGAGAUUUUCCCCUCUGGCCCAAGCAAGUGGAACUGGCUGACUCGGCGCCUCGUGGAGUUCACAUCAUCUGGGAGUGUUCUCCUGUUUGUCACCAAGAAGGCAAAUGCAGAAGAGCUGGCCAAUAACCUCAAGCAGGAGGAUCAUAAUCUGGGGCUGCUUCAUGGUGACAUGGACCAGAGCGAGAGGAAUAAAGUAAUUUCAGAAUUUAAGAAAAAGGGGAUCCCGAUACUGGUAGCUACUGAUGUGGCAGCUCGUGGGUUAGAUAUUCCUUCCAUUAAGACUGUUAUCAAUUAUGAUGUGGCUCGGGACAUCGAUACACACACCCAUAGAAUUGGUCGUACUGGCAGAGCUGGUGAGAAGGGAGUUGCCUACACUCUGCUGACUCCCAAAGACAGUAACUUCGCUGGUGAUCUUGUCAGAAACCUGGAAGGCGCUAAUCAACACGUUUCCAAAGAGCUGUUGGAUCUAGCAAUGCAGAAUCCGUGGUUCCGGAAAUCACGUUUCAAAGGAGGAAAAGGCAAGAAGCUGAAUAUUGGUGGUGGUGGUUUAGGAUACCGUGAACGUCCUGGUUUGGGAUCAGAAAAUUCUGAUCGUGGAAACAACAACAGCGUGAUGAGUAACUAUGAGGCGUACAAGCCAUCCACUGGGGCGAUGGGAGACAGGCUUACGGCAAUGAAAGCAGCUUUUCAGUCCCAGUAUAAGAGCCAUUUUGUUGCUGCAAGCUUAAACAAUCAAAAGACUGGUAGCUCUUCUGCUGGUGCGAGUGGCUGGACCAGCGCUGGGAGCUUGAACUCAGUACCAACAAGUUCAGCACAGCAAAACGCUGCAAACCCUGACAGCCCCAUCGCAGCCGCCGCAGCAGCGAAGGGUGUUCCGGGUUUCACCAGCACGGGGAAUUUGAGCAGCGUUCCCACCUUUCCAAGCGUCGGAGUACAGGGCUUCAACAACACAACUGCCAGCACCAACAAUCGCGAAGCCAUCGGCAGCAGCGGCCCCGGCGUUGCGGCUGGCGGUGGUGGUGGCGUUGUCAGAGAACGAUACAACGACAACCGGAACAGUCGCCACAACGAGGUCCCGCGCCGUGGAGAGGGCGGCGGGCGCUACAACGACGUGCAGCGCCACGGAGAAGGAGGCGGUCGCCACAGUGACGCUUACCGCCACGGAGAGGGCCGACACGGCGACGGCCAUCGCCACGCUGAGAGCCGGCACUUCCCCGACGGCGGCGGUGGCCGCAAUAACGGUGACAGCAGGAACAGCAGCGACGGUAGGAACAACGAGAACAGGAAUGGUGAGAACAGGAAGGAUGGCAACAGCCGAGACAACAAGACAGAUGGGUUUGCUGUCCCAGAACCCCCAAAGCGUAAGAAGAGCCGGUGGGACAGUUAAAAGCUGGUGUUUCACAACCUGGAAUCCCUGCAGCUGUUCAAGGGAUCCUUCUCCAGCCCAGCCUACUACAAAUUCACAUGUAGUGUAGGUUGGACUCUCCAGCUUGUUUGUGGUCAGUACAUCAAUCCCAGUCCCAUUGCCCGGGUAAUUUUCCUUUUAAAGAACCUCUUCUUUCCUAAUAAUCUUUGUUUUGGUGGAAGCCUGCAUAGCAAACUUGUCUCUCUGCUGUGCCUAUGCACCCUCUGUUAUGAGAGGGUUGAGUGCUUUCUUGAAAUUAAAAACAAAAAAGGGAAAAAAAUGUAGAUAGGCCACAACAAUCAAAGGCUGGUGCCCCUCACGAAGCGUAGCUAGAUGAAGAGGCUUCACUCAGAAAUUCAGGGACCUGCUGCUUCAGAAGCCUUUAGGGAAAACCCAGAAAGUGAUUAAUGAAGUGGAACAGCUCAAAUAUCGCCCCAUAUUGGACACAUGUAGUUAAAACUGUAAAAUCUUGCUUGACCGUUUUUAACUCGUCAUGUGUAUUACCCUUUUUUUAACUUUUUUUUUUUUUUUUUUGCGCGCCAUAAAGGUAAGGAAGAACUCUUUUGUUGAAACAUGUCAGCACCCACCUCUGUCUUGUUUCUACUGAAAGAAGUAUCAGAAACUGUCAGGGUUUUGUGACAUUGUGAUGUUUUCUUUAUCAGCUGUGCAUUUACUUUCUGCUUGCUCUAGUAAAUGUUUUAUUACUGGGACAAAAA